CGUUACUUUACUCCGAUGAGUAAAUUUUUAAACGCGCGAUAAAAGUACAAACACUUUAAUUUUCUCUAGAUAGACAUUAGUAUAUUAAUUAUUAUUUAUUAUAACGCUUAGAAAGUUGGUUAGGAAACGAGAAUUUUUUAAAUAACAACGAAGAAGAAGAUUUAAAAUUAAUACUAUUAACCCUUAUAUAUUUCAUUAUCUAAAAAUUAUCAUUUCAUUAGAUGGAGCCUAUGACUUUGGGAUCACCGAUGAGUAGUCCUAUCCAAAGUCCUAGUACUCCAGGAGCUUCUUCAGCAUAUUUGCCAAGUUUCCUUUUGGGUGACACAAACACUCCAACAAAAGUCAAUGUAAUGAGUCCUCAAGAUAAUCCACGCCAUUUGAAUAUCACCAAUGCCAGUCUUAUAUCAGCAGCUUCUUAUGGAACUCCAGACUAUCGAUCCAAUCGUCAAAAGGCAGUAUUUGGAAACACUACAAGUCCUAAUACAUCGCAGAUGAGCACAAAGAAUCAUACUGGAGGACCACCAACGCGUGGACUAUUUGACAGUCUGGAAGUCUCACAGGUGUCAUCGCCAUAUAUGUCAACUACAAAUCCACCUGUCACUCCUAUACUUGCAAAUCAGUCCAGACUUAUGUUGAAUACGAUAAACAGUCCAUUGCUGUUUCCAGACACUCCAAUAAAUUUAAGCACGAGCGAAUCACAGGGUUUAUUGCAAUGGAUAACCGUCUUUGGUUUUUUGCCGAAUGAUAUCAAUGCCGUUCUGUCUCAUAUCUCCAGUAGAGUUCGCAUAGUGGACAAACACCCAGCUCCACAGCCUCAAAGCAAUUGGAUACACUUGAAAUGCGCAUCAGAGCAGGAAGCACAGAGAGCUCUCACGUGUAACGGCAGUAUUGUUUCUGGCUCAAUUAUGAUUGGUGUUAUACCGUGCACAGAUGAAGGUGUUAUUCUGGGUUGCUCGGACAAAGAGAAUCGUACUAAAUUAAAUGGAAGCAUAAGAUCACUUUCGACGGGCAGAAUUGAACGGUCUUCUUUUAAUUUAUCACCUACUACAAGACGACGAAAGUUAAGAUCUCUGGCAGCUGGUUAUAAUCAGCAUUUCAGUCCACAAGCCACACAAACACCAGAGAAUGUCCCACAAAGAUCAACCGGUUUAGUAACCAGAGCAAUGGAAUAUAUGUUUGGUUGGUAAUUUUUCUUUUCUGAUAAUUUGAUAAAUAUACUCUGUUUCUGAAUUUUAAUAUUAUUGGAUAUGUAAAAAGUU